AUGGCCGCCGUCGAGGCAGGGGCGCGGGCCACGUUCGGAGCUUGGGACUACGGGGUCUUCGCUCUCAUGCUGCUGGUGUCCACUGGCAUCGGGCUAUGGGUCGGGCUAGCCCGGGGCGGGCAGCGCAGCGCCGAGGAUUUCUUCACCGGGGGCCGGCGCCUGACUGCCCUGCCCGUUGGCCUCUCGCUGGCCGCCAGCUUCAUGUCGGCGGUACAGGUGCUGGGCGUGCCGGCCGAGGCCUACCGCUACGGCCUCAAGUUCCUCUGGAUGUGCCUGGGACAGCUGCUCAACUCUCUGCUCACUGCCCUGCUCUUCCUGCCGGUCUUCUACCGCCUGGGCCUCACCAGCACCUACCAGUAUCUGGAGCUGCGCUUCAGCCGCGCUGUGCGGCUCUGCGGGACACUGCAGUACCUGGUGGCUACAAUGCUGUACACUGGCAUCGUGAUCUACGCCCCCGCGCUCAUCCUGAACCAAGUGACAGGGCUGGACAUCUGGGCAUCGCUCCUGUCUACCGGAGUCAUCUGCACCUUCUACACUACUGUGGGCGGCAUGAAGGCUGUGAUCUGGACUGACGUGUUUCAGGUCUUAGUGAUGCUGAGUGGUUUCUGGGUUGUCCUGGCUCGCGGAACUAUGCUCGUGGGUGGACCUGGGCAAGUACUUGAGCUUGCCAAGAACCACUCCAGGAUCAACCUGAUGGACUUUGACCUGGACCCAAGGAGCCGCUACACAUUCUGGACUUUUGUUGUCGGUGGCACAUUGGUGUGGCUCUCAAUGUAUGGUGUGAACCAAGCACAGGUGCAGCGCUACAUGGCCUGUCGCACAGAGAAACAGGCCAAGCUGGCCGUGCUCAUCAACCAACUGGGCCUGUUCCUGAUCGUGUCCAGUGCUGCUGCCUGUGGUAUCAUCAUGUUCACGUUCUACCUUGACUGUGACCCUCUCCUGGCAGGGCGUAUCUCUGCCCCAGACCAGUACAUGCCCCUGAUGGUGCUGGACAUCUUCGAGGACCUGCCUGGAGUCCCUGGGCUCUUUCUGGCCUGUGCCUACAGUGGCACCCUCAGCACUGCAUCCACCAGCAUCAAUGCCAUGGCUGCUGUCACUGUGGAGGACCUCAUCAAACCUCGGCUGCCGAGUCUGACCCCCCGGAGACUUGUCAUCAUCUCCAAGGGGCUGUCACUCAUCUACGGCUCGGCCUGUCUCACUGUGGCAGCUCUGUCCUCCCUGCUGGGGGGCGGCGUUCUCGAGGGCUCCUUCACCAUCAUGGGAGUCAUCAGCGGCCCCCUCCUAGGAGCCUUCAUCCUGGGAAUGUUCCUCCCUGCCUGCAAUACGCUGGGCGUCCUGUCCGGGCUGGCGGUGGGCUUGGCGCUGUCACUGUGGGUGGCCGUGGGUGCCACUCUGUACCCGCCUAGCGCACAGUCCAUGGGGGUCCUGCCUUCAUCGGCCGCCGGCUGUGCUGUGCCCUCGGCCAACGCCUCUGGCCUCCUAGACCCGCUUCUCGCCGCCAACGCCUCCAGCUGGGCCUCCAGCCUCGAAAUGGACCCUGAUCAACACACCUUGGCUGACAGCUUCUACGCCAUUUCCUAUCUCUAUUAUGGUGCCCUGGGCACACUGAGCACCGUGCUAUGUGGAGCCCUCGUCAGCUGCCUGACGGGCCCCACCAAGCGCAGUGCCCUGGGUCCUGGUCUGCUGUGGUGGGACCUCACACGGCAGACAGCAUCUGUGGCCCCUAAGGAAGAAGUGGCCACCCUGGAUGACAGCUUGAUGAAGGGUGCUGAAGAAUUGCCCCCAGGAACCAAGAGGCCUCCUGACUUCCUGCCCCCUGACGAGGACCAUCAGCUCUUCCUGGGUCAGAAGGAGAUGAAUGGAGCUGGCUCCAGGACCCCAGGCAGUGAACAUGACAAAGGUCUUGACCUGCGAGAGACAGACCUCUGA